CACAAAGAUCCCUCCCGUCUCUUCUUUAACUACUACUUUUACAACAAACAAAACGAGGCUGCACCUGUCCGUGUAGUCCGUUCGCGCCCUCCAUCUGAGCCGACCUCUAACGCAAACCCCGCGAAACGUCGUCACCGUCUCGUAGCCGCCCGCCCUUCUCCCCAACCGGCCUUCGUCAAGCGACCCUUCUCAACGGAAGUCUUUUGUCUUGGAGCAGCCCCGGCGCAAUGGAUUUCUCGGACGCUUUUCGAAUUGUCAACCUUGGCGUCGGUGUGCUUAUGGUGCUAGGUGGCAUCGGCCAGUUUUUCCCCAGCAUUGGAAUUCAAAAUGUCAUUGUUGGAUGUUACACCAUCAUCUUCGGGCUUGCGACGGCCUUGCUCGAGUUUCAAAUACCGCCACAAGUGUCGCGGUAUGCUUCUUUCAUGUUCUCUUUCCUCGGGAGGGGAAUUUUCUACAUCUUCAUUGGCAGCAUCAUUGUCGGCGACCAUUGGACAAAGUAUGUAGCCGGAACAAUCAUCGGUAUCGUCGGCAUCGGCUACGCCGUCCUCGAGUUCAUCCCCUCAAUCGAACCACCGGCGAACAUGCGAGAAGCGGACGCUGGCUGGGGUGCAGAACAGGUCUAAUACGCUGGGAUUUGGACGAGGCGGUGAGAUUCAGGCGUGUGGAAGGGCUAAGGUGUUCGAUCUGUCUGCUGCGAUGAACGUUAGAGUUCAGUCACGAACAGGCCGAUCGCUGGAAGCAUUUUUCUUCCAGUAGGAGGUCGUUCUCUGCACUCGGUCUCAUGGUACGGUUGGGCUUUGUUGAGAUCAUGUACAGUAUGGACACUUGUACGAUCAUUGUCAGACGCGUGUUUGGAAGACGUGCAUGUUAUAUGCCAGGACAAAAUCAAGAUUCUUGUCUGCUCUACAUUUCGACCACUUGAAGACUCACUUGGACCUCUCUGAGCUGGCUACUUUACAGAGCACAUAGAAUUUCUGUCCCGUGGAGGUACGCUUUUUGACGCACCAACCAGAGUGGAAAGGUUUGUGGUAACAACCACCA